GAUUAUUGCCUCUCGCUUUCUUUCUCCCUCCCCUUUCCUUUCAACCCACGCAUUGCCUCCCACGUUCAUUGUCUUUCUAUCUCCCUCUUCCUCCGUUUGCCUCCCCCGUUUACCGUGACCAUAUCCACGUCUACUGACGUUUAUAAUCUACGAUCCUUCCCUCUCGCACCGUGCAAUCCCUACCCCUGAAAUUACCAAAUUACCCCGCCAUGGCCCCUCCAAAGAUCUUCUCGCUCGAGGGCAAAGGCCUCAAGCUGGACUCCGCCGCCGACAUCGAGUCCCACAUCCAGCCCCUCCUGGAGAGCGCCGACUACACUGAGAUCCGCUUCGGAGGCAACACCCUGGGUGUCCCCGCCUGCGAGCGCCUGGCCGCCGUGCUAUCCACGCAGAAGAGCCUGGAGGUGGCCGAGCUGGCCGACAUCUUCACCUCUCGCCUGCUGAGCGAAAUCCCCGCCGCGCUGACCUUCCUCCUCAACGCCCUCCUCGAGAUCACCUCCCUCCACACCGUCAACCUGUCCGACAAUGCCUUCGGCGCCAACACCCAGAAGCCCCUCGUCGACUUCCUCGCCCGCCACACCCCCCUCCGCCACCUGAUCCUCAACAACAACGGUAUGGGCCCGGAGGCCGGCUCCAACAUCGCGAAGGCGCUCACCGAGCUCGCCCAGCGCAAGGAGGAGGCCCGUGCCGCGGGCAAGGAGGUGCCUCUCCUCGAGAGCAUCGUGUGCGGGCGCAACCGCUUGGAGAACGGCAGUAUGGCCGCCUGGGCCCGUGCCUACGAGGUGCACGCCGCGGGCAUGCGCUCGGUGAAGAUGACACAGAACGGAAUCCGUCAGGAGGGUAUCUCGCUGCUGUUGAAGGAGGGUCUUCGCCACUGCGGUGCCCUGGAGGUCGUCGACCUGCAGGACAACACUUUCACCGUCAUGGGCUCUACGGCUCUCGCGGGUGUCGUGUCCAGCUGGCCUUCCCUGCGUGAGCUCGGUGUGAGCGACUGCUUGCUCUCCGCUCGCGGUGGUGUCAAGGUCGCGCAGGCUCUGGCGGAGGCGAAGAACGAGAAGGUGCAGACUCUGCGUCUUCAGUACAACGAGAUCACCGCCGAGGGUGUCAAGCAGUUCCUCCACGCCACGAAGACGGCGCUUCCUUCCCUGCGCCGUAUCGAGCUGAACGGUAACAUCUUCAUGGAGGACGAUAACAAUGUGACUGAGCUGCGGGAGAUUCUUGAGGCCCGCAAGGAGGAGCACGGUCAGGAUGACGACCCGGAGGAGAUGUGGGGAGUUGACGAGCUGGACGAGCUUGAGGAGGAGGAGAGUGAGGAGGAGGAAGAGGAGGAGGAGGAGGAGGAAGAGGAAGAAGAGAAGGCCGAGAAGCUCCUCAAGGAUGACGAACUGGCCGAGAACGAGACGGUCUCGCAGAAGAAGUCCGAGGACGUCGACAAGCUCGCCGAGAUCUUCGGCAAGACUGGCCUGUAAGCGGUUGGGAUCUUGGACUCCCACCUCACCUACCCCUAUUCCUAUUUUCGCCUACCCAGCACCGGCACUCUCGCGUGGCAAGAGCUGGAUGCAUGAUCGUCCGGGUCCAGCCGCGCCGACCGCGUCCGUCGGAUUGACCGACAGUCUGUUGGAGGCGAGGCAGAUUCCGACCAGCCACAGCCCGAGACGCCGCGCCGUCUGCCGUCCGUGAGGUUCAUCGCACUUUGGAUAGAAGCCGUGCCUUUGAUUUGAUGCCGUCCUUUACAGUCAUUGCUCGAGAGCAUUAGACUAGACAUGAGCCUUACCUUUGCUGACCAUACACCAUGUUUCUGCUGUGAUGUAUAUAACGUUUAAACGAAUGAAUGUGUG